AUGUUCGCAUUUAUCCUGUAUGGGUUUGAACAGGGAGAAUUAGCAAAUGUGCAAAACGAGGCCGUUUUUCAAAGUCAAUUUGGCCAUCCCCAAGGGAAUUAUCUGGGAAUUAUAGUUGCCAUCUACAACCUAGGAAGUUUUUUUGGUAGCAUGGCAAACAUCUGGAUUGGUGAUAAGUUAGGCAGAAAGCGGGCUAUCUGGCUGGGAUUCACUUUGGUGACCAUUGGAGUCAUUCUGCAAUGCAGCUCGUACAGUAGCCAUAGAGGUGGCCUGGUUGCCGCAGAACCUCAAGGUGUCGCAUUUGGUAUCACUGUGUCGUACUGGAUUGGCUACGGUUGCAGCAAAAGAACAGAUCAGGUUUCAUGGAGACUUCCAGUAGGUAUUCAAAUGCUUUUCGCGGUACUCGGGAUUGUGAUGUUAUUCUUCUGCCCUGAAUCUCCAAGGUGGUUAAUGAGAGUUGGAAGAACUCAAGAUGCAAGGUACUCACUAGCAACGAUUAAUGGUGUUCCUGAGGAUCAUCCGCGGAUUUCUGCCAUCAUUGACAACAUUCUCUAUCUUCAAGAAAUCGAAGGUUCAGGCGAUAAAAUCACCUGGGGUGAUAUUAUUAUGGGUAGAGAUGCCAUGCAUGGCCGGUUUAGAAUCAUGCUUACUGUAUUUGGUCAGUUCUGGAACCAGUUUGGAGGCAUCAACUUGGUGGUUUACUAUGUGCCAAUGGUGUUAGAGAAUAACGUUGGACUAAGUUCAAACCUCGCGACAAUUCUGGGUGGUUGCAUUAUGCUGACCUUUUUCGCAACCGGAUUUAUCCCUACGCUGUUUUUGGAUAAGAUGGGAAGACGUUUUGCCAUGGCAUCCGGUUCCGCUGGACAAUGUAUUUCAAUGCUUCUCGUCACUGUACUUUUGCGUGUUGGUACCAAAGAAUCGUCAGUCGCCGCAACUGCAUUCUUCUUCACGUUUAUUGGGUUAUUUGGCUAUGCUAUGAACUGUGUUCCAUGGGUUUAUGCUGCUGAGGUGCUGCCAUUGCAACUUCGUGCCAAAGGUAAUGCAAUCAGUGUGGCAACGAAUUGGAUCUGCAAUUUUGUUAUUGCGAUGAUCACUCCGAUCAUGACGGAAAAUCUGGCUUGGAAAACAUACAUUGUCUUCACCUUGACGAACGCUGUUGCAGCUAUUCACUUUUUUGUCUUCUAUCCUGAAACCUCCAAGAGAACCCUUGAAGACAUUGAGAACAUUUUCCUCGAUUCUCAUACCAUCUUCUACGGUCUCCAAGAGAUUAAGAGGACUCCAACAGAACGCCUUACGGAAAAGCUCAUCGAUAUCGAGCACGUUGAAACUGUAGAAGAGCGCUCACCCGAGAGCGACUAA